AUGCGGGGCUCCAAGGAGACCACAGAGGAAGAAGACAGUCUCUCACAUCCUGAAGCUGCUUGGGGGACAGUUGUUUGGUGGGAGGUGGUGAGGGCGGCGCUUUGCUGCCCUCUCCAGAGCUCACCGAGCACCACGGAGUCCAGGACUGAGUCCCCGGACCCUCAAAGCUGGAGAGAGUGUGGCAAGGAGUUAGCUUUAUACGUCUACGAAUAUUUACUGCACGUAGGAGCACAGAAAUCUGCACAGACCUUCUUGUCGGAGAUUCGAUGGGAAAAAAACAUCACGUUGGGAGAACCGCCUGGGUUUUUGCACUCAUGGUGGUGCGUAUUUUGGGACCUUUACUGUGCAGCUCCUGAAAGGCGAGACACUUGUGAACAUUCAAGUGAAGCAAAAGCCUUUCAUGAUUACAGUGCAGCAGCUGCCCCAAGCCCUGUGCUUGGCAACAUUCCCCCCAAUGAUGGGAUGCCCGGAGGCCCCAUCCCACCCGGUUUCUUUCAGGGUCCUCCGGGGUCACAGCCCUCGCCGCACGCACAGCCUCCACCCCACAAUCCCAGCAGCAUGAUGGGACCCCACAGUCAGCCUUUCAUGUCACCGCGAUAUGCAGGCGGCCCCAGGCCCCCGAUCAGAAUGGGAAACCAGCCUCCGGGAGGAGUUCCUGGGACACAGCCACUGCUGCCCAAUUCCAUGGAUCCCACACGACAACAAGGGCACCCCAACAUGGGAGGAUCGAUGCAGAGAAUGAACCCUCCCCGAGGCAUGGGGCCCAUGGGUCCCGGCCCACAGAAUUAUGGCAGCGGCAUGAGACCACCACCCAACUCCCUCGGCCCCGCCAUGCCCGGGAUUAACAUGGGCCCUGGAGCUGGCAGACCCUGGCCCAAUCCUAACAGUGCUAACUCAAUUCCAUACUCCUCCUCAUCACCCGGUACCUACGUGGGACCCCCUGGUGGUGGUGGCCCCCCAGGAACACCCAUCAUGCCUAGUCCUGCAGAUUCAACAAAUUCCAGUGACAACAUCUACACAAUGAUUAAUCCGGUGCCGCCUGGAGGCAGCCGGUCCAACUUCCCAAUGGGUCCAGGCUCGGACGGCCCGAUGGGAGGCAUGGGCGGCAUGGAGCCACACCACAUGAACGGAUCAUUAGGGUCAGGUGACAUAGAUGGACUUCCAAAAAAUUCUCCUAACAACAUAAGUGGCAUUAGCAACCCUCCAGGCACCCCUCGAGACGACGGCGAGCUAGGAGGGAACUUCCUCCACUCCUUCCAGAAUGACAAUUAUUCUCCAAGCAUGACGAUGAGUGUGUGAUCCCCCUCCUCUUCUCCGAGAUGCUGAGAGAGCCGGCAUUGCAAGCGGGAAGAUGCCAGAAAUUAUGCAAGAAGAAGUGAGGUGUCAUUACCCAGGGGCUGGAGGAGGGGCGUCUCCCUGCCCCCCUCUCCCCCACCCUCCUCUCCACUCCUCCCACCUUUCCCAAUUUUAGUUUCAUGCAAUAAAAAGGCCGAACUUUUUAUUCCAUAAAACAUGAAGGACAAAUCUCAAAAUAAAAAUAUAUUUCAAGUCAGUGACCAGAAAAAUCCCACCCCUGGCCCUUUCCCAAAAGGACCUUUUAUGUACAUGACACUUUUUUGUUGUUUUUUGUUUGGGGUUUUACCGUUGUUGGGAUUUUUUUUUUUUAUUUGUUUUCAGGGGGGUUUUUUUGGGGGAAAAAUUUUUAAAAAUGGAAGCUUCUAGCAAGCCCCCACCCCCCCCCAAUCAACCUCUUUGCUUUCUUCUUUAAAAAAAAAAAAAAA